AUGCCUAUCAACUUCAUGACAAGCAGUUAUCUGCAAUACAAAUCUGACACCGACACCGUAGCAACAUGGCUAGUUGCUACUGCUAAAAGCUGUGGCUUCCCUGUGGAUACACUCGGGGCUUCAGCCAAUACAACCUCUCCACCCUCGACUGAGCCCACCGGUCCUUCCAAACGUCUUAAAGGCAAGGCGAGAAAGUUAGCUCGCGAGGCUGCCACCAAAGCCGCAUCCAGUGGCUCACAUUCCACAACAUCCCAAAAUGCUAAACACAUUCUCGCCUUGAAAGACUUCGUUGACCUGGCCGAAUACAUCACUGCAUCAACCAAGCCGGUGGUUCGCGUGCCAGCAAGCUUCGUGACGGUCCUUGACCGAGCCAUCUCAGUGCGACGCGAACAUGGCAACAAGGCCCGGGCGAAGCGUCCAACAAGCCUCGAAGCGCGAGAAUCAUCUGACCGACACGAGUAUUUCAUAGGCAUCCUAGAGCAUGUUCGGCAGGCUCUGCAGCCUCGGAUAUCAGGUGAAAAUAUAGAAGACCCGUUGACCGAUAACUCCCUAAAUCACAGGGCCGACAACCUGGCGAACCGGUUCGAAGGCUUGGAAGUUCAUGAGCCGUCCGACGCGUUCUUGCAGGCACCUGAUGUUACCAUUCCCGCCCCCGCAGCCGGAAAGUCGGAGGUCAACUAUGAAGCCGAGCGCCUCAGAGACUACGAAGAAGUGUUCUUCGCAUUUAGCCUCUUACUUCAGGACCUGAGAAAUAUCCGAGCCGUCAUCGCACGGACCUGGAAGGAGUACAAACUUCGUACGUUUGACCUGGUGGCGGUGUCCCUUAUGACGAACUGUGCCAUCGACUUCGCCCGACACCUGGAGGAGGAAAUUCAGGCCCUUCUGAACGAACACGGAGGGUCGACCGCGCUGUUGGUCGGACUCUACGAGGGGAUCUGUGACAUGGUCGGCGACGAUCCGACGCACCGCGAGCGGCCCGGAGACCCUUUAAACUUCCGCACCUACCACAUUGCCGAGUCACUAUUCAUACCGGCUUAUGUCUCCCUGAACUCAUUCCAUCCGCUCGUUGACGGACAGAGCUUUCUCCCAUGCAGAGAAAAGUCCUUUGCCACCUGCGACCGGGCGAGCGAUUGGGCGCAGAAAAGUGCGAGGGACAAAUUCGAGGAGGACAACAGGGUGAUGUCCGAGGUACUCUCCGAAUUCGUGUAUCUACAUCUCCUCCUACCGCAGCCGGAGCCACACGAGGACGAGAUCACGCGGGGGAUACGCAAGAUGCUCGACACGCACCAGAUUCCCCUCUGGCUGGUGUUCGCGAGCCAAAUCUUCCUUGACAUUCACCAUUGCCUUGAGGGGGAUGUGGUGAAUGGGUUUGCGGAUCUCACCAACACCGCCAAAUGCAUCCAGAGCUCUAUCGAGCUGAACCAGGAGUUUUUCGCCGAUCUCCGCAUCGUAACGUGGCCUGAGCAAUAUGACGCACGGAUCCAGCGAUUUCUCGAGUUCCUUACCGCGUGGGUGGAUUCUGACUUCACGCAGCCCGCAAAGGAGAGGCAUCAGGUCUGGAGGCCAUCGGAUAGCUUCAAGCUCAUGAAGUGGCACCCGCUGUUCUGUGGGAUUCUGACCUACUAUGUCAAGGCCCGCUUCCAGGACUUCGCCAUGGCUUUUCAGGGCACAUGGGGGGCGAUUAUGUACACCGCCCACCUGUACAACGCCCUGCAGCAGGAAGGCUUACUGACGAGACAUUGGGCGGACAUGGAACUUGUCCUAAGCUGGCAUAAAGAGAUUUUCGUCGGCGCCCCGCCCUGUCAGCGACCUGACUUUCUAAAGCAGUACAGUCUCUGCAUCGGCUGCUCUGCGGCAGCGUUCGCUCGCAACCGACGAGAUAGCGCUAGACUACCCGAAUCAAAGGCGGGGCCAAGGCGCAUGAAGCCUGUCGCUCCCGUCUCGCGGAUGUUCUUCAGUCGACACUGCGAAGGACUGGCACCGAGUGGAUUCAGCGGAUCGGACCUCGAGACAAUUCUCUCCAGGUCCGCUAUGGGGAAGAAGGACGAACAACAGGAUGGAUCCUGUUCAACGCAGCGUGGCACCCGGUCCGGCAGAAGCAAACCGCCUACCAAGAGGCGCUCCGCUCGACAACUAACCAUCGUCGAAUUACUCGAGACCUUGCGAGACACUGUUCACAACGAAGCGCCGGAAUUCACAUUCGAUUAUCUGGCAUUGCACAGAAACUGCUGGAGGUUACUUCGUAUGGUCCGGGACAUGUGCGAUCCCCAUCUGCGCAGGGUACAUGGGGCUGACUACCUCGAGGAUGAGACCGAGCUGCCGUUCCUCGUUGGCUACUUGUUCAUGGCUGCUGCGGGGACAGACGCACUGGGCAAUACCCUAGCCGAAAAGGACGAGGUAGUCAGCGGCCAAAUGAUGACGUGCGCCGCCACUGUGGUUGAGGGUAUGAUCGAGUCGGAGGCUGGAUUGCUGGCCGUGAAGCUUCUUGGCCAGCAGGGCUAUCAGAUCGAGUUUGAGGAGAAAGAAUAGGUGCUCGCCACGCUCUAGGAAUCGGAUUUCUCGCCAAUUUGCAUGGGAACUCCUCAGAGACAAUUAGAUUCUAGUCAUAUUGGUGGCUUGGAUGCGACCGGAAGUCCGAUGGUGUCGUCUAAGCGAGCCGACGGCGAGGCUUAUGUCUGACAGCAUAUGAUGACGCG